AUGGUCCCAGAAACAGCUGCAGAGCUGGCAGGCCCCACUUACUGCAACGGACAGACACUCAUCGAGCAAGUCUCCUUUGCCCUCAGUGACAAAAUCUACUCCUACGGCACAGAAGAGCAGGAGCUAGACCUCUCCGUCGCGCGCUGGGCUGAAGCAGGGCAGCAUAACGCAGCAGGCAAUGCCGUCUCCUUCUCCAGGAUGCAGGUCAGGUCUGGCGCAGCGAGCAUGAUCCUCGGCAACAUCUUCUCCCGCGACAACAACCUCAUCAAGCAUGCGAGCCCCUCUACCAUUCUCGCUACUUCCAGCUCCCUCAUCGCCAUGAAGCCCGUCUUGGACCAACUCUCCCUCUUAUACUCCGCAGCAACACCUCUCGUCGCACACGUCUCAUCCUUGGAUCUCUCCCCCAUCACCUCCAACUACGUCUCUGACUACUCUCGCGCCCUGGCACUCUCGCGCGAAGGUGGCUAUGCCGUCUUGACGUCCACUUCGGCACAUGAAAUCCAACACAUGGCACUCCUGGCAACCCUCCUCUCCUCAGAACUCCCCACCGUCCACACCUACGAUGGCUUGCGUGUUGCGCGUGAACGUACACGCGUCGUGGACGUUCUUGACCAAGCUGCGUUGAAGCGCACCUAUACCCGUGUCUUGCAGCAAUCCGACGCUCUCAGUUCCAAAGACGAACCCGCUGACCGUGUUGCCAAGAUUCUCAAAACCCUCAACGCAGAACUCGGUACGGAGUAUGGUUUGUUUGAAUACUUUGGCGCUGCAGAUGCAACGUCUGUGGCUGUUGUCUUUGGCUCUCCUGAAGCAGCGACUGCCAAGUUGGUCGCUUUGCAACUCGCUGAUGCAGGCACUAAGAUUGGUAUUGUCAAUGUACGUGUCUACCGACCUUUCGCCGAAGAGGCAUUUUUGCGCGUCUUGCCAGCGACCUGCACGCGUGUUGCUGUUCUGGGACAAGUGUAUACGAGUGAUGAUGUGCGGGAUGCAGCCAUCACGAGCGUCUUGUACUCGGAUGUCUUGUCUGCCCUUGCCAUGUCUUCUGUCUGGGCAUCGCGAAAGGUGGCCGUUGUGGAUGUCAAGUACACCCGUGAAAUUGUUUGGCGUGCAGGCAACAUGGCUGCUGUGCUCAAACAAAUCGGCGCUGGCAACAAUACCAUUGAUGUCGCUGCGCUGGAAGAUGAAAGCAAUUUUGGCAUUGAGGCGGAACAAUUCGUGCAAUGGGACUUGGAUACUCAAGCAUCUGCCGAGUCUGCCACCCUUCUUGCAACCAUCUUGGAAGCAGGGCAGGAGAACGUCAACUACAACAAGUCCUUUGACAACUAUGCCGAGGGCGGUCUCGUGCACCAUGAGAUCAAGCUCUCGGCUAAAUCUAUCGAGGCUGCCUACGCCGUUGAGUCUGCUUCUGUUGCUGUUGUGUCCAACAUUCAGAUCCUCAAAUCGUACGACGUCGUCAAGACCAUCAAGGAGAAUGGUACACUCUUGCUCAAACAUGCCUUCAAGCCCGAAGAAAUUGAAGCAAAAUUGCCAGAUGUCUUCAAACAUGCCAUUGCAGGCAAGUCAAUCAAGCUAAUUCUCCUGAACCUUGCAAGUCUCGGUGAUGAAGUGGAUGAGACGGCUGCCCUUCAAGUUGCUGCACUCAAGCUCUUCCGACCUACCUUAACAACUGACCAGCUUAUUGAACAAAGCACCAACGUCCACGAAUUUGUCUCGCGCGAUCAAAUCAAGGCUAUUGUGGAGCACCUCGAUACUGCCUUGCUCGCAUUCGAUAUUCCAGCCGAAUGGUCCACGAUUGAAGCGGCUACCCUUCCUGCCUUUGUCACCGCGAAUAGCUUUGCCCCCAACACGGAGCGCGAAGUCGCAUACCCGGAGAACCAACAAGCUGGUUGGCAGACGGCCGCCAAGCAAAUUGCCUUCAAGGAGGCCUACAGCUUCAAAUCAACGCUCCGUCCUGAUGUUGCUGAAAAGACGUGGCAAGUCAAAGUUCAAGCAAAUCGUCGCUUGACACCCACCACCUAUGACCGCAACAUCUUCCACAUUGAGUUUGAUAUUACUGGAACGGAUCUCAAGUAUGAUCUUGGCGAGUCGCUUGGCGUGCAUGGACACAAUGACCCAGAGGAGACGCGCAAGUUCAUCGAGUGGUAUGGCUUGGAUGCCGAAGACCUGAUUCAGGUACCUUCUCGCACUGAUACGAAUGUCUUUGAGACACGAACCGUCUAUCAGGCACUGCAGCAGAAUGUUGACUUGUUUGGACGUCCUGGCAAGAAGUUUUACGAGGAGUUGUCUGUCUAUGCAACAGAUGAGCAUGACCGCAAGAUCCUGACGUCUCUCGGUACACCUGAAGGUGCCGUUGACUUUAAACGUCGUGCAGAGGUGGAAACGGUGACGUAUGCAGACUUGCUUGAAGAGUUCAAGUCUGCUCGUCCACCAGUCACUGAACUGGUCAAGUUGAUUCCAGCAACGAAGCGCAGAGAGUACUCCAUCUCUUCAUCGCAAAAAGUACACCCAAACAGUGUUCAUCUGCUUGUGGUGGUGGUGGAUUGGAAGGACCAACGUGAUCGUGAGCGGUUCGGUCAUUGUACGCGCUUCCUCUCCAACUUGCAACUCGGUGAGCAGGUGACUGUAUCAUUGAAGCCGUCCGUUAUGAAGUUGCCACCUCGUCCUGAGCAACCCAUCGUUAUGGCCGGUUUGGGAACUGGAUUGGCACCCUUCAGGGCCUUUGUUGAGGAACGCGCUUGGCAGAAGCAGCAAGGUAUGGAGAUUGGCGCUUGUAUGCUGUACCUCGGUUCACGACACCAAAAGGAGGAAUACCUGUAUGGUGAAGAAUGGGAAGCCUACAAGGAUGCGGGUAUCAUCACGACCCUUGGACAAGCCUUUUCCCGUGAUCAACCACAAAAGGUGUAUAUUCAAGAUGUCAUGCGGUCGACCUUACCGGAUAUCCAAACGGCAUUGAUGGCGCAGGAAGGAUCAUUCUACUUGUGUGGCCCAACUUGGCCAGUGCCAGAUGUGCAGGAAGUAUUGGAGGAAGCGAUUCGCACGCAAGCCCAGCAGGACGGUACUAAGGUUGAGAGUGCCAAGGUCAUUGAGGAGUGGAAGGAAGCGCGUCGCUUCGUGCUGGAAGUCUACUAG